GUUCCUCAAAGCAGGGCGCCCGGCAGCCGCAAGAGAGGCAGCCACAGCGGCCACUGUGGGCCGGCGGUAGCUGGAGGAAAACAUGCGGCGUUACCUGCGGGUGUUAGUCCUCUGCCUGGGCUGCGGCUUUUGCUCGUUGCUUUAUGCCCUCAACCAACUCGCUGUGUCCUUGGAGGAAGAAGAAACCGGUGGUGGCGGGAAACUGAAGGCCGCAGCUGCUUCCUGGCUCACUGUUAGCGGACGUGUAGUUGGUAAAGGGGCGCGAAGUGUAGGCCCCAAGGAGCACCCCAGCUGGUCGGACAGGUAUAAUAAGGAUUUGUCUCUCUCUUAUUGGAACCCCUAUUGGAUGCUGCCCUCUGAUGUUUGUGGAAUGAACUGCUUUUGGGAAGCCACUUUUAGGUAUAGACUGAUGAAAACACAGUCCUCUGAAACAAUGCACCUAGCUGUGGUAGCCUGUGGUGAACGACUGGAAGAGACUGUAACUAUGAUAAAAUCAGCUAUUAUUUUCAGCAUCCAGCCUCUUCAGUUUCACAUUUUUGCUGAAGACCAAUUGCACCAUAGCUUCAAAAACAUACUCGACGGCUGGAAAUUUCUACAGACAUUUAAUUAUACUAUAUAUCCAAUAACUUUUCCGACUGAGAAUGCAGCAGAAUGGAAAAAACUCUUUAAACCAUGUGCUUCACAAAGAUUGUUUUUGCCAUUAAUCCUGAAAGAAAUUGACUCACUACUAUAUGUUGACACUGAUAUUCUAUUUUUACGCCCUGUCGAUGAUAUUUGGUCAUUGCUAAAGAAAUUUAACUCUACACAAAUUGCUGCCAUGGCACCAGAGCACGAAGAACCUCGGAUUGGUUGGUAUAAUCGUUUUGCCAGACAUCCAUACUAUGGAAAAACUGGAAUAAAUUCUGGAGUUAUGUUAAUGAAUAUGACUCGAAUAAGAAGGAAAUAUUUCAAGAAUGACAUGACAACUGCUCAUUUACAAUGGGGAGAGAUACUUUUGCCAUUACUUAAAAAAUACAAACUUAAUAUCACAUGGGGUGAUCAAGAUUUGUUAAAUAUAAUGUUUUUUCAUAAUCCAGAAAGCCUUUUUGUUUUUCCAUGCCAAUGGAAUUAUCGGCCUGAUCAUUGUAUAUAUGGAAGUAAUUGCCGAGAAGCUGAAGAAGAAGGAAUCUUUAUUCUCCAUGGAAACAGAGGUGUUUACCAUGAUGAUAAGCAGCCGGUUUUUAGAGCUGUUUAUGAAGCACUGCGAAAUUGUUCUUUUGGAGAUAAGGUACAUUCCUUGUUACACCCAUUAGAACUGGAACUACAAAAGACUGUACAUACAUAUUGUGGGAGAAUACACAAAAUAUUCAUGAAACAACUAACAAAAAGUAUAAGAGAUAGUUAUGACCGACCAUCAAAGGCAAGAUGACUUGUAGGUGAAGACUUGGCGAAUCUGUUGAACUACAAAAAAAUGUGUGAAUGAUUUUCAUGUAUAAUGUGUUAAUAUUUAGGAAGGAAUUAUUUAUCAUUUAUCCAGAUAAGCUUUACCAGAGAGAGUAAAUUGAGGUAUGUUUUAUUGUUAUGAAGAAUAAGUUGGAGCCUUAUAUCUAACAUUUGAAAUUUUGUUAAUCAUUGUUUGCUUUCAAUCCAGUAUUGGUGAAAAUGGACUCUGACUGAUGAAUAGUUUUAGUUUAUAUGAUUCUGUUGAUUGUUCAUUCUCUAGUGGGUGAAAGAAACAGGGGUAUAUAAGUGAAGAGCCUUGUACCUCAUACAUAAUUUUAAAAAUAUGAAACUGUGAAUGUUAGCAAUAAUUUUGAGUCAGCACUAACCUCACUUUAAUUUUGUGAGAAUAAAGUUUACAGAGACAAAAUUGUUCUGUCUCUAAGGAAAUGUGAUAUAACUACUGAAAAUCUUUGUGCCUUUUGAUGUUUCAUCUCAGACAUGUUAAAAUGUUUUUUGUGACAAUCAUGCUUAAAAUAAUUGAGUAAAUUACAUGCAUAUUUUAAAGCAAGCUGUACAAAGUAAUAGAAAGCUAGUAUAAACUUCUGAAUACUGUUAAUAACGAUUUCAUGUGAAAUAACACCUUUACAUUUGUUUUAAAGCUUCUUGAACAUCUUGCCAAAAAUCAAAUUUAGACUUAAGUAUGUUAAAAUAUGUAUGGGGAACAUUUUUAUUACUUUAAGUGAAAUUAGUUUGUAACUUUACAGGAUACUUAUCCUGGGAGUAAAAGAAGUAAAAUUUUAGUGAAAAUCAUAAGAGCAUUCUAGUAUCAAAUUAAUAUAAUGGCAUAGUGGACCAAAUUGUAGUUACACAUUUCUUACAAUCAGUUAUUUCAGUCAUCAUAGGAUUGAAAUGUUUUCCACUUCAACUUCUUUUUUCUACCUCAAAUUUACUUUGCCAGGUGUUUGUAGAACAGAAAAGUUGGCAGAGCAUCACCAUAAUUUUAUGGAAAAUCUAUUCAUAGAUAGUUUGUAAUUAAGGAAAAGGUUAUUGGUUCUACUAGGGAAAAAAAUGUUUUUCCAUAAAUUGCACAUCCUUUUCAAGUGAGGAUACUGAAUUUUUUUCUUGAUUUUUGAAGGCUAGAGAGUUUCCUUCAUUUUUGGUUUCUUGAUAUUAUUCGUAAUUCCCAUGGCUCAUAGAACAGUACUGGUUCUUGUGAAUUGACCAAAUUCCAUAUUUACUAUUUCCCUUUUUUUUCUUUGGUAUUUUAACUUUUUUUAUGGUUGAGUUUAUUUAACACAAAUAAAAACGUGCAAAUCUUUUUACUCAUUUUCUUCACUCUUCAGUCUAGCAUUUGGAUUGGUGAUCUUUAUGGCUAGCUGAUUCUUAGAGGUAACAUUGUGAACACAGUAAGAUGUGUUGCACAUCAGGAGCACAUCUAGCUCUGACAUUGUGCACCAAAAACUUCCCGAAUCUACUAAGUAACAUGUUUUGUCUUCUUGUUGGUGGGCAUCGUCUUCACACUCUUGGUUUAUUUCAGUUUCUCUUGAUCUUGGCAUUUCUUUCUGGUAGCAGAAUGAACUUUUUGGUCCUCUUCUUGAUGAUAUUGGGCUUCACAAGUGGUAUGAGGGCAGGCAUGAUGCCAGGAAAGAGAUAACAACCCCUCCAUGGGAAGCUGUAUUUUAACUUUUAAAGGAGAAGGGAAUCACAUAGUUAAUGUAUUAUUUAAAUAGGGACAAAAUGUGUUUGCUUUUUGAGACAGAAAGGAGGUGGUUUAGUGGCUUGAUUUUCCUGUAGUGGCUGACAUUGUGGUGAGUUGAGAGGGGAGAGGUAAUGUGGUAAUUGCAGUGAGUCAGGGUGUAACUAACCUGGCUAAUUUGUUGUUUCAAGGAAAAUUAAGAAGAAUUAGUGUGUGGAAUGUUGGUGGUGGAGCUAAUAGCUUUUUGAGGGUGGCAAUGGUUUCAUUUUUGUUAUUAUUUCUCUAGCAUGUAUAACAGAUAUUAAUCUGGCACAUAGUUGGAACUUAAUAGAUGCAUGUUUGAUCUGCUUAAGAGACUAAGUUACAUUGAAGUAGGUGACUUCGAGAUAGAGAAUUAGAAUUGUAGAAUUUAAACCUGGAAAGAUACCUUAGAGAUCAUUUAGUCCUACUCUCUUAUGUUUAAAUGAAUAGAGACCCCUCCACCAGAGAGAUUAAAUUACUUGCUCCAAAACACACAGAUGUUUUUUUUUUCUUUGCAUCUCUCACCAAUUACUGAAUUAGCGGGAAAUCAGCACAGCUGCUGUCUUCCUUUCCUUUGGCACAUUAUUAUCUUCCUAUAGGUGCAAGAAUUCUGGGCUGUACAGUAUGAUUGUAUUUGUGUGAUCAAAUACAAUAAAUGUGGAAUAUUGUGGGAUGUAAAGUCUGAAGGAAAUAAUUUCUCUAAGAAAAUCUCAACAAAACCUGAAGAACAGAUAAGAAGAAAACUGACAACCACCCCUUCUAGUUUUUGUAUUGAUUCAGCCUUAUAUACAGCCUCUUUUUACCUCCUCCAUCAGGAAUAUAUCUUGGUGAUGAGAAGGAAGUUUUCCUUCAAAAUUUGGGGAGGAAAAAUACAGGAUAGGGAAAAUUAUGUAUGUUAAUAUGAUCAUGGAUUUUAAGAUCAUGCACUCCUCCUCAGAAACUCCUCAGAAGCCCAUAUCAGUCUUGACAAUUGAAUUUGGCAUACCAGAUUUAUUAUUUAUUACCUGUAUGACCUUGGGAAAUUUCCUUUAACUCUCUGGGCUUCCAUUUCCUUAUCUGUAAACUGAAGGAAUUGGAUUAGAUAUUGCCUAACUCAAUAACCAUAGGUUUUUUAGACUAGACUGAAAAUUCUUAGUAUGGGGUAGUUCAUUUACUUCAUAAAAUUGCAUUAUACUUAAGAUGAUUCUCAGUGGAUCUGAAGAUUCUAUUUAGAUUUGUCCUAGUUACCAUUUUAUCAUAAAUUGAUUUACUUCAUUUACUUGUGUUAGGUGACUAGCCCAUUAUAUUUUGCCCCAUAGAACAUUAAUUUUACUAUUUAAAAUAAUUUUCUACAUUUGGCUUUUUUUCUUAAUAUUUUAUGUCUGUGGAGUAAAUGGAACUUUUAACUGUAUUUAACUGUAACCUAUAUUUCAGUAAUAUAAGUAUUGCUUUGUUCUCUGUGUGUGUGUUUGUGUAAACACACAACACAUAUUUGCUAAAUUUAACAAACAUUAAGUGUCUACUGUGCAUUGUAAAGCAUUGUCAUGCAAAAAAGAAAAAUGAUAGUCUCUGCUCAGAGUUUACAAUCUAAUAUAGUGUAUGAAGUUACACAUGUAAACAUAUGAUCUUUGAAUAAGUAUAUUUAGCAGCGAUGUGAACCCAUAUAUGGGUUGAUGUACCAAAGUAAUAUGAUUUAAAACAGUUAGCCAAAGUUCUAUUAUUUCAUUAAAUUUUUUUUUUGUGGGGCAUUGAGGGUUAAGUGACUUGCCCAGGGUCACACAGCUAGCAAGUGCCAAGUGUUUGAGGUCAGAUUUGAACUCAGAUCCUCCUGAGUCCAGAGCCAGUGCUCUAUCCCUGUCCCUGGGGCUGGUGCUUUAUCCACUGUGCCACCUAGCUGCCCUGAGUCCAUUACCUUUUUAUUAGGAAGUGGGUAACCUGGUUUAUCAUGAGUCCUCUGGAAUUUUGUUUGAUCGUUGCAUUUAUCAGAGUUCCUAACAUUUUAGUUUAGUUUAGUUAAAAUUUUUGGUUAUCAUGUAAUAUUGCUGUUACCAUAUACAAUGUUCUCCAGGUUCUGCUCACUUCACUCUUUACCUUUCAUGUAAGUUUUUCUAGGUUUUCCAGAAAGUAUCAUGAUUGUCAUGUCUUAGAGCAUUAUAAUAUUCCAUUUUAAUCAUAUACCACAACCUAUUCAGCCAUCCCCAAUUGAUGGGCAUCCCCUUCAUUUCCAGUUCUUUGCCACAACAAAAAGAGCUGUUAUAGUUUUGUACUAAUAGGUCC